UCCAGAAGGAUAUAAACGAGCUGAACCUGCCCAAGACGUGUGACAUCAGCUUCUCAGACCCAGACGAUCUCCUCAACUUCAAGUUGGUCAUCUGCCCUGAUGAGGGCUUCUAUAAGAGCGGGAAAUUUGUGUUCAGUUUUAAGGUGGGCCAGGGCUACCCUCAUGACCCCCCCAAGGUGAAAUGUGAGACGAUGGUCUAUCAUCCCAACAUUGACCUCGAGGGCAAUGUCUGCCUCAACAUCCUCAGAGAGGACUGGAAGCCAGUCCUUACGAUAAACUCCAUAAUUUAUGGUCUGCAGUAUCUCUUCUUGGAACCCAACCCUGAGGACCCACUGAACAAGGAGGCUGCCGAAGUCCUGCAGAACAACCGGCGGCUGUUUGAGCAGAAUGUGCAGCGCUCCAUGCGGGGUGGCUACAUCGGUUCCACCUACUUCGAGCGCUGCCUGAAAUAGGGUUGUUGUAUAUCCACCCCUUCCAGGGUUACCAGCCCUGGCACCCCCUGCAAAUAUUUAUUGGGGGCCACAGGUCAGGGGUGGGGGUGGGGCCAGUGGGGGAAUUCCCUGCCUUGGCCUCGCUUCUCCCUGCCACCUGCCCCUAGUUAUUUUUUUUUUAACCACCAUGUGAUUAAGGUCGGGUAUUACCUCCCCUGACCUGCUCAGCGAUGGGAAAUGAAUUGGCUUAUGUAGCCCCCUGCUGGGUGCUGUCUAGUCCUCCACUCUGGGCUGUGGGGUGGGUGGGUGAGGGGUCUGGGUAGCUGGGCCUAGGCAACCCACUCCUUCACCACCGGAGGUCCCACCAGGCUAUUAAAGGGGAAUGUUACUGCA